AUGCCGGUGCCGGUGCCGGGGCUGGCGCUGGCGCUGGUGCUGGCGCUGGGGGCCCGGCCGGGCGGCGGGGCCGGCUGCCAGCUGCCGGCGGAGUGGCGGCCGCUCAGCGAGGGCUGCCGCGCCGAGCUGGCCGCGAUCAUCGUGUACGCGCGGGUGCUGGCGCUGCACCCCGACCCCUACGGCGCCUACAACUACCUGCCCUGGCAGAGGGGCCCCCCCGGCGGCCCCCAGCAGGGAGCGGGGGACCUCUUCUAUUCGGCCGAGAUCGAGCUGCUGUGCGACCAGGCGUGGGGCAGCAUGCUGGAGGUGCCCGCGGGCUCCCGCCUCAACCUCACCGGCCUCGGCUACUUCUCCUGCCACUCGCACACCGUCAUGCAGGGCUACUCUUAUUUCUUCUUCCUCCGAAUGGAUGAGAACUACAUCCUCCUGCCACAUGGAGUCAACUUCCAGGAGGCGAUUUUCCCUGAUACCCAGGAGAACAGAAGGAUGUUUGCCAGCCUUUUCCAGUUUUCAAACUGCUCUCAGGCACAGCAUGUGUUGAGCUUCUCCAGUGACUGGGAGAUUCAAGAGGACAACCGGCUCAUGUGCUCCUCGGUGCAGAAGGCCCUGUUUGAGGAGGAGGACAGAGUGAAGAAGCUGCAGCAGAAAGUGGCAACGCUGGAGAAGCGCAACAAGCAGCUGCGAGAUCGAGUGAAGAAAGUCAAGAGGUCUCUCCGGCAAGCCAGGAAAAACUCCAGGCACAUGGAGCUGCUGAACAGAAAGCUCAGUGAGAAACUUUCCUCUGCAGCGGGUCAAAUCCCCUAUAUUAACUCUUUGAAGCAGGAGAACUCCCACGGUACCUACCUUAAAGUAUAAUGCAAGGGUAAUUGCUCAGGCCAAUGGUUAGUGGUGAAUUUUGUCUGCAUUAAGUCAGUCUGGCCCUCAUACCUGGUCUACACCGUGCUUCAAACCUUGCAUGGAAAAUGUAUCUGAACUUGCUUUACACACAGUGCCAGUAUAACAGGAAUGCCAGCUGGAUUUGGCACAGCCCAAAGCCAUGUCCUUGCUGCUCUCAGUGGACACAGGGCCAGUCAUCCGUGCUUCUCCUCCCUCACCCACCUCCACCACCUCCAGGCUGCCCUUGAUGGAAGUGCCAGCCCAGUCGUCUGGGCCAUUGCAGGCACUUGACACAGGAGCUCUUCCUGCCAGUUUACCUCCUCCUCAUGGGCUGGGCAGGCACAGCUUGGGAUCUAGAGAUGGAUGUGGUGGGAAGGAUGAAGGUAUGAAUGCCCUUUGCUCCCUUACCUCCCCCAGGCUCUCAGCCUUGCUUGAGCUUGACUGAAGUCUACAUCCAGUGCCUGGGCAUAGGCUAUGUCUUAUGUCCAAGGCUCAGGCAGUUUGUUCCUCUCUUCAGCACAAAAUAUCGAUGUGCCCAAAUUGUCUUAAGACUUUUCCUAUAUAUCCCUAAAUAUUCUAAAUCAAAUAUAUAACAACUUUUAUUUUUCCAAGAAGUGCCUCAAGGCUCUCAGUAACUCCCUCAGGUGCCUUUAUCAUUGGUCAGCCAACUGGGUUGGAAACCACAUCAUUUUGGGACUGUGUCUAAGUCCUAAUUCUGCAGUCAGGAGUGGACUUAGCUUAUGAGUGGGUGUUGGAUGAGGCCCAGCAGGCAAUUUCAGAUCUCAUUCUCGACCAGGUUUAAGUUAGAGUGUGGACAAAGCUUCAAGUUUUGUAGUCACUGUUUGAGGUAUAAUGGAGGUUGCUGGGCAGCCUCACUUAGUUACACUUAAAACCUGUAGAGACCACACCAAUAUCAACAGGGCAUUAAAGAUUUAGGUAGUUUAUAUAUGUAUAUAUUUUAAAAUCCUAUAGAAAAUAUUUUUAUUACACAUUUGAUAUAGUCUAAUUUCUUAAAAUAUGAAGUAAAACCUGUUUCUUGGUUAUCUCGCAAAAAAAAGUCCAUCAUAUCCUUUAUUAGGCAUUUAUUUACAAACUGACUUCUGCUCAAGCAGUGUGGGUUUAGGCAUCAGUAUCUGUGGCUGAUAAUGUCAGUGCUUGAAACUAUUCCUGCAAUUGGAAAAGCCCAUAUCAGCUUUCAAAUGUGAGCUCCAGUCCAAGCAGAACAUAAAAACUGACUUUCAUUACCUUCCAAUUUUGCUCUUUUUGGAAAUACUUUUUUUCCCUUCUUGAAAUAAAAUUGGCAUUUCUUAAGAUUCUGACUCCUCCACAAGCUCCACUUGUUUCAAAGGCUCCUCCUCCCACAUCACCACAACUUGAAUUGUUUUCUGCUGGAGUCAGCAAUGCUGUUUCCUGAGAAUUGCUACAGAAUUCAGGCUUCCCUAGAAGCCAUCAAGAGAUUUUAACUCCAAAAUUUAAAUCCACAGAAAAGUAACUACUUUUUAUUGUUUUAUUUUCUGGUUUCUAAACUACUGUAAAAAUAAAUGAACUUGUUUUCCUGGGAUAGGUAUUAAAAGCUUGUGUUUUAAUUUUUUGUUAAGAAAAAUAGUCCCUCUGGUAUUCAUUCAUGUUUUAUAAGUGUUUGUAUAAAGCUGAGAAAGUAUAACUAAUAGUUAGACCUUUGCUAUUCUUACAGAUUUUCCAAACACAGUGUUGAAUAUCUUUUUCUUCUGGCUGAUAUUUUUGUUGCUUGAUGAAAAAAAAGUGGAUUUUUUUUUCCUGUUUCCCCCUUUG